AUGCAGCAAGCCGAUUGGCUCCAAGCGCGGCCCAAUCACAUGCUUCCUGGCCGGUGGUCUAUUGCCACAGGCCAGAUGUGUUUUCCCACACCGAGCCGGUGGCAUGGAGAUCCACUCGCCCCAUUCAGUCGAGACCAACUCGGACUAUUGCCGACGAUGCAGUACGAGGAGAGAUGUGCAAUCCGCAGCCAUCAUUUGGCGCAUGGAGACAGACGCGGGUGUGGGUGUGGUGACACGCGGAGCGGAUGGUUCACCUUCUGGGCCAGUGUAAGGGUGUGUGUGUUCUGUUGA